UAGACUCCUAGUUUAGCUUCCUUCAUCUUCCUUCCGACCUCUACAAUGCCGCCGCUCCUCCCGCCGGUCGUCUCGUCCUCCUCCGCACCUCUCCUCUGUACUUCUCUUUCUCCUCCUAUCCUUCUCCUCCUCUUUCCGCUUCCUUUCUCCUCGUUCAUCUCCUGCCGAGUUGCGGCCUUUCGUGCCAUCUGUUAUGAGUAAUGUUAAAAAGAUUUGAUCUUGUCACGCUCUCCUUUCAAAAUCUCACACCUUUAUGUAGUUUCGCCUUCAACUUGCUCCGCUACGCCACUUGCGGCGGCUCGGAGGGCCCCAAAAUGGAGGUUGAGAACGAAUGGGAGAAGCUCCUGAAACCUUUUGAUCUCGAAGCGCUUCGUGAUUCUCUCAACAUCUUAACCCCGCUUCGUCUCUGUAAACUGCUUCAGCUUCCCCUCGACAUCUCGACAUCCAUGCAACUCUUCCAUUGGGCCGGCUCGCAGAAGGGCUAUUGCCACUCCUUCGAUGUGUAUUAUGCUCUUGUUCGGAAAUUGGGCGAAGCCGGAGAGUUUAGUACUAUAGAUCAGCUGUUACGCCAGUCCAAGGAGGAAAGGAUUGUUUUAAAGGAGCGUCUUUUCGUUGUGAUUAUGAGAUGGUAUGGAAAAGCCGGCUUGCCUGGAGCUGCAGUCCAACUGCUUGAUGAAAUGGCUGAUGUAUUCGGCUGUAAGCCAACCUUUCGCUCGUAUAACGUGGCUCUUGAUAUAUUGAUCGGAGCAAAUUGUCAUAGAAUUGCAGCUGAUGUCUUUAAUGCAAUGGUCCGUAGAGGAGUCUCUCCAACCACUUUCACUUUCGCGCGUGUGAUGAAGGCACUUUGUUUGAUCAAUGAGGUUGACGCUGCUUGCUCACUUCUGAGGGGUAUGGCAAGGCAUGGGUGUGUGCCUGACACGGUUAUAUAUCAAACUCUGAUACAUGCUCUCUAUAAGGAGAAUAAAGCGCAUGAGGCAUUAAAGCUUUUGGAAGAGAUGUUUCUCAUGGGCUGUUCUCCUGAUGUCAAUACCUUCAACGAUGUGAUUCAUGGGCUUUGUAAGCUCGGCCAUUUACGUGAAGCAGCCAAGUUGGUUGAUAGGAUGUUGCUUCGCGGGUGCAGUCCAAAUGCUUUGACCUAUGGAGUGUUGUUGCACGGCUUGUGCCGGAAGGGUCAAGUUGAUGAAGCAAGAACUUUGUUGAGUAAAGUGCCUCACUUGAAUGUUGUUUUGUUCAAUACAGUGAUAAAUGGUUACUUGAGUGAAGGGAAAUUUAUCGAGGCCAAGGAUCUUUAUGGUAGGAUGGUGGAAAGUGGAUGUCAACCUGAUGUAUACACGUACAAUAUCAUGAUGCGUGGCCUUUGUAAGACAGGAAAUUUGGGAUCAGCUAUGCAGUUACUUAAAGAGAUGGAGGCCAAUGGUUGUAUGCCAAACGUCAUUAGUUACACGAUCUUAAUCUAUGGAUUUUGCAGUGAUGGUAUGUGGCAAGAUGCUAAUGCAAUUGCAGAAGAAAUGUCCGCAAAGGGGAUCGGUCUUAAUACUGUAGGAUUCAAUUGCCUUAUUUCUGCUUUAUGCAAGGACCAUGAACUUCAUGAGGCCAUGGAGCUGUUUGAAAAGAUGAAACGAGUAGGGUGCAAACCAGAUAUAUUCACGUUCAAUUCUCUGAUAUGUGGCUUGUGCAAAAAUGGCCAAAUUGAAGAAGCAUUCCAUUUAUAUGAAAAUAUAUUUUUAGAGGGUGUAGUUGCUAACACUGUUACCUACAACACCAUGAUACAUGCAUUCUUACAGGCAGGAAAAUGGCAAGAAGCUAUGCAACUUGUUAAUGAUAUGGUGCUCAAUGGUUGUUCACUUGAUAUUAUAACCUACAAUGGGCUUUUAAAAGCCCUUUGCAAAGCUGGAGAAGUUGAUAAGGGACUUGGAUUACUUGAGGAGAUGACAAAGAAGGGUAUUCGGCCUACUAAUAUUUCUUAUAACUUCUUAAUUAGUGGGCUAUGCAAGACAAGAAGAGUCCAUGAUGCACUUGAACUCUUGAGAGAAAUGCUUGAUCGGGGAAUCACCCCUGAUAUAGUCACUUACAAUAGUCUAAUAAGUGGCUUGUGUAAGAUGCAGUGGAUGCGAGCGGCUUUAAACCUGUUGGAGAAGCUACAUGCUGAAGGCAUAGCUCCAGAUAUUGUAACUUACAAUACUCUGAUUAGCUGGCACUGCAAGGCAAACAUGCUUGAUGAUGCCUACAUGUUUCUGAACAGAGCAAUAAAUGGUGGAAUUAUGCCAAGUGCUCUCACUUGGGGCAUAAUGGUGAAAAAUUUUACCAGAGAGUCAGUGCUUCUAAUGCCAGAGCAGUAAAGGAAAUUGGAGCCAGGCAUUCCAGCAUUCCCCAGGAUUUUUUAGGAGGCUCACUGUCUUGGAGCUGUCUGAUAUUCUGCUUCUUCAAAGAUGCCAAGUAUCAUGGUGAUAAUUGGAAAUAGCUGGUGAACAUUGUAGAAGAUCAGCACUUUGUCAAAUCUGCCACUUGCUUUGUAGUGAUGGAGAUGACUCAAGUGCCAGGGUUAGGAAGUCAAUCUAGCUGCAGCAGAUGCUUGCCAUGGUGUGUGGCAGCCCCUGUGACACUCAAAGGGCCAUUCUUUAAUAAUGUUCAGGCAAUUAUGUGGUCAAUUGAAGAUUAUAUAUAUAUAUAUAU